AUAUUCUAAAAUAAAAACGUUGUUCACUUACCUGAACAAAAAAAGGGACAAAAGCAACAAUUUCAUUUCAAGACGUCACGAAGAACAUAUGUAAAUCUAUAUUUGCCAGUAUAAAAGCUUUUACAGCCUUUACAGAAACAGUUUUAAUCGUACAUUCACAAUAAAUAUUAACUUGACCUCCAGAAUUCUUAAAAAUGAAAAUUUAAAACUAUUUGUUUAUAAAAAAAGUGUUUUUAAUUUGUUUCACGUCAACUGCAUAGGCUUGACUUGCCCAUUAUUGAUUUUGUUAUCCAGUAAGUUCUUGAAUUUCAAACCUGAUUUAAGAAUUAGCAUUAGAUAGCUGGCAUUUUUACACUUAGAUGUAUUUUAUCAAGAAAUUAUUUUGUUUCGUGAAAAUGUUCCAUUCUUUUGUUCCAAUUUAGUUCCGAAUGAUGGUAUUCCUAAUGGAACUAGUUCCUUUCAGCUUGACAAACGUCAAAAUUCUAACGUGAGUUGGCACAUUUUUGAAAAGCCAUUCGGGGGUAGAGUAAAACAAUUUGAAUUCGAUGAUGACUGCUCCAGCUCCACAAGCAAAACCACAAAUGGACGACGAACGGGUGAAGGCGCUGACCAGUUACCGCACCAAGCUCCUGGAGCACCGCGAGAUCGAGUCGCGUUUGAAGGCUUUGCGGGAUAAGCACAAGGUCCUGAAUGCCCAGUACGAGAAGUCCGAGGAGGACCUAAAGGCCCUGCAGAGUGUGGGUCAGAUGCUCGGGGAGGUCCUUAAGCAGCUGACCCCGGACAACUUCAUCGUGAAGGCUUCGAAUGGACCGCGCUACGUGGUCGGAUGUCGUCGGCAGAUAAACAAGACAAAACUGAAGGCCGGAACUCGCGUCGCUCUCGAUGUGACCACCCUGACCAUCAUGCGCUAUCUGCCACGAGAAGUGGAUCCGCUGGUCUACAACAUGACCCACGAGGACCCGGGCAACGUGAACUACGCCGAGAUCGGAGGUCUUGGUGAGCAGAUCCGCGAGCUUCGCGAGGUCAUUGAACUGCCGCUGCUUAAUCCGGAGCUGUUCCUCCGCGUUGGCAUCAAUCCGCCCAAGGGAUGCCUGCUCUUCGGGCCACCUGGCACCGGGAAGACCCUCCUGGCCCGCGCCAUCGCCUCCCAGAUGGACGCCAACUUCCUUAAGGUGGUUUCCUCGGCCAUUGUGGACAAGUACAUUGGCGAAAGUGCCCGCCUUAUCCGCGAGAUGUUUGCCUAUGCACGUGACCACCAGCCGUGCAUUAUAUUUAUGGACGAGAUCGACGCCAUCGGAGGUCGUCGCUUCUCGGAGGGAACUUCCGCCGAUCGCGAGAUCCAGCGCACGCUCAUGGAGCUGCUCAACCAGAUGGACGGCUUCGACGCUCUCGGCCAGGUGAAAAUGAUCAUGGCCACCAAUCGGCCGGAUACCCUGGAUCCUGCCCUGCUGCGUCCCGGGCGUCUCGAUCGAAAGCUGGAGAUUCCGCUGCCCAACGAAGUGGCCCGCAUGGACAUCCUCAAGAUUCACGCCGGACCGCUGUCCAAACAGGGGGAAAUCGAUUACGAGGCGGUGGUCAAGCUCUCAGAUAUGUUUAAUGGUGCCGAUCUGCGGAACAUUUGCACCGAGGCCGGGCUUUUCGCCCUGCGCUGCGAUCGGGAGUAUGUCAUCCAUGAGGAUUUCAUGAAGGCUGUGCGCAAAAUCGCUGACAACAAAAAGCUUGAGUCGCGGUUGGACUACAAGCCCAUCUAAAAACGAAUUGGGUAGCUACAGUUUUCCAAAAGUGUUCAUAAAAAUAAAUUAUACGAGUAUUCAUGAAUAUUGUUCCUUAAUAUGUACUUCAAGCUAUCAUAAAAACCAGAAUGAAUAAAAAUGAUCACGCAAACUAUACAAUUUCAGUCAAAACCAUGUCUUAAGGAAAAAAAAAUUGGUGACGAUCGCACAGCACACAAGAGCUUUGGUAUCAACUUUUCUGACGAUAAUGGUUUAUACAAUCCACUUAAUAAAUACACUUUCUAAAUGUUUCUCAUGUUUCGUUGAUUCGAUAAAUUGGUGGUGAUUUGAUUUCAUUUAACUUGGGUAAUUGAAUC